GCGACACCUCGACCAGCUCUACAAGCAGAUCUGGAAGGAUGUGGUGAAGCACCGUGUCCUGGUUGUGCCCUCGGAUCACCCCGCCAUGGAUGAUGUGCUGUCUUCUCCUUUCAAUGCCGUUGACAAGAUGUUGCCAGACAGGACGAUCGCGGUGGACAAGCGGAUAGUCCAUGACCAACGCGGAGUCAAUGCCCUGACCGACAAGGAGCUCCAUCCCCCGGCGAUCCAACUGAAGCAUGAACAAAUUGCAAGGUUGGUCCUCUGGAACAAGGCUCGAGCGCCGAAGGUCCCGGACGCGGCUUUGUUUGCAGGCGACCUCCCGUGGGACGCGGACGGCAUGGAGCCAGGUGGGAAGCUGGAUGGUCCCGAAAUGACGGUCAUUUACUUGGUCAGCUCCUUUGGUUUUUCAGGGUCGGUGUGGGGCAAGGCUACUGAAGACUUCCUUCGUGGGCAUGGUCCAGCGCAACCUCGGCGAGACCUCACCUGGAGUUUCGACAGCCGGAUCCUGGUGGACGACAAUGUGUUGGUCGAGCCCUGGGUCGGCUUGCGGCCGUGGGUGGCUGGCGAGGUGUACGAGAUCGGGGUCAAGACCAUGUUGGGGGAG